AUGCUUGUGAUUGGGGUGAAGACUGCAGUGGUGACGAGCUUGCCGCGUCGACAAGCGAUUCGAGAUACGUGGGGGAAUCCAGCCACACUUCCCCACGACGUCAAGGUUCUUUUCCUUGGUUGCGAGCCGAAUAUGACAGUGUUCCGAUACGAACAUGAACGACGACGAGUAUUAAAGGCAUUGGCGAAGGAGAGAGCGGUGUAUAAGGAUCUUCUCACUGAAGAACUGGAGUGCACGGACUCGUACAGGAAUUUAUCCAAGAAAGUUAAGUCGUUCAUGCACUUAGCAGCGGCAGAGUUCCCCGACGCCAAGUUUGUCAUGCUUGUGGACGACGAUGUUUACGUUAAAGUGGAUCAACUUGUCCAACACCUGCGCUUGGCUAACGUUCCGCGACUGUAUUUUGGAGAAGUUUGGGCAGACAAGUUUGCGAAUAAACAAGAGCCUAUCCGCGAUCCAGACAGCCCGUAUCAUUUACCAAAGGACCAGUAUCCGAUGAGUGGCUUACUGCCUUAUGGAUCUGGACCGCACUAUGCUGUAUCAAUGGACGGAGUACGGUUCAUCGCCAAGAACUGCUGGAAACUGCGCAGCAUGAACGGUCUGGAGGACGUGAGCUCAGGAUUUUGGCUUCGUCUUAUGCAGAUUCCAGCACAGCAUACAGCAGAAUUCUCGAGUAUCCGCUCUUCGAUGAGCUGUGAAGACGAUCUGGUGUCAUUUGCUGACCUCUCGCCGCUGGGCAUCCGAUCAAUUCAUGCGAACGUUGUCAACAAGAGGCGAUUCUGCCACGGCUUCCACUCCGUCACGUGGCAUCGACACCUGAAUUCCAUCCCCAACCUCAAGCAAAUUCUUCAGCGGUCAACUCAACACGCUGUACACUCGACACCACUGCAAGUGGAGACAUACGUCGACUCUUCUGAUCCGCUGCGAUUCGUAGUGAUCGUCUCCACCCCGUCCAAGGCUGGGAUGAAGUUUGGAUUCACUCCAUCAACAGAAUCGACCGACGACUUCAUACAAAGAAUCUGUCCCCAACUCUCUCACGACUCCGCACCCUGUGAAGCUGUCAGCCUUACUUUCGUCAAACAACUUGAAAAAGCUCUUCAGUAA